AUGCGCGUAUUCAACCUUCCGGCGGCGCUGUUGGCGCUGCUCGCCGGCCCCUUACUGGCCACCGCCGUCCACACGUCCAACUGGGCCGUACUCGUCUCAACAUCUCGCUUCUGGUUCAACUACCGACAUCUUGCGAACACCCUGUCCCUGUACCGUACUGUCAAGAGGCUGGGGAUACCGGACAACCAGAUCAUCCUCAUGCUCCCGGACGACAUGGCCUGCAAUCCACGGAACACCUUCACAGGCAGCGUGUUCAACGACAAGAGUCGGUUACUAGAUCUGUACGAUGACAAGGGGGCUCUCGAGAACCUAGGAAUGGGCGGUAUAGAAGUCGACUACAGAGGGAAUGAGGUCACGGUGGAGAACUUUAUCCGACUGCUCACAGACCGGUGGCCUUCCUCGCAUCCACACAGCAAGCGACUCAUGACUGGCCCACAAUCCAACAUCCUAAUCUAUAUGACCGGACACGGUGGCAACGAGUUUCUGAAGUUCCAGGACAGCGAGGAGAUCUCAUCUUUCGACCUCGCGGAUGCUUUCGCGCAGAUGUACGAGAAGAAACGAUACCAUGAGAUGCUCUUUAUGAUCGAUACAUGCCAGGCCAAUACCAUGUACAACGCCUUCUAUAGCCCUGGUGUACUAGCCACAGGCAGCAGCGCAAAGGACCAAAGCAGUUACAGUCAUCAUGCCGACCAAGAUGUCGGCGUGGCAGUCAUCGAUCGCUGGACUUACUUCUACCUUGAAUUUCUCGAGACGUACUUGAACAGCACUGCUUCGGAUGUGCGGUUAGGUGAGCUGUUCGACUACCAGACCUUCGAGCGUGUCCACUCAGACGCUGGCGUGCGCUACGACCUGUUGGAUGGUGGCGAGCUGGCAGCGCGGAACAAGCGGGUGCUUGACUUCUUCGGCAACGUCCAGGGCGUCGAGAUCGAAGACGGGGUGAAAAACACACAGCUCGACUGGAAGAAAGAUUUGGAAGCGCUUCAAAAGCUUGCUGCGAGGGUUGAGGGCGAGCAAGAGGAUGUUGGAGCUGGAGUUGACCCGACCAUUGCCACGACUGCCAAGACAGACACAGUCCAUCAGUCCAAGGUUACCUUCGACAUGGCCCAGGCAAGCGACAGCUUCUUCAAGAAGAUUGCUGGUGCAGCAUCGCUCGCUGUCCUUGGAGGUGCCUGGAUGGCCUCCAGUGCGCUGACGAAGCAGUCCCCGGUGAAGUGA